AUGAAUUAAGGGAAUAAUUUCAUUGAAGAACUGUUGGAUGGUUUUCGCAUUUUUGAAUGCCAAAGCCAGGGAAAUGAAAGUGCUUUUAAAAACCUAUUAAGCCAAGUUAAAGAAAAUAGAAAACAACUCAGCAAGCAGUUAUACUAAAAACAACCAUUUUCAAAUGAAUCUUCUUAAUUAGCUUCUACUAAUACAUAGUUUUCUUUGAGUAGAUAAAGUUUUAAUGCAAACGAAGAGAAUGUGUCAUGUGAAAUAGAGAGAGAAACUAUUAAACAAAACCAGCUCUAAAAUGUUAUUAAAACAAUUUAGAGAAAAAUAACUGACUAUAAGAAGCAUACAGAUGUUGUUCUAGAAUUAAUAAAAGGGUUUAAUAAAGACAAUGAAGCUGCUUAACAUGAAGGAAUUUAAUCAAAUUAGUUACUCUAUUAAAGUAAAAAAAAUGCUGUGGAAGCAUAGGAAUAUCAUUAAUUACUAAAAAAUGCUUAGGAGAUACAAAAAUAAAUGUUAAUUGAUAAACAUUCAUUAAUUUAAUAAGAUAUAAAGGAAUUAUAAAAUGACUAUAUUGAAUAUAGAUUGAAAUAUUAACAGAAAAGUUAAAUAAUAUAAUAAUAAAGAGAAGCGAUAGCAGAAUUGGAUGAGAAGAAAGCAAAAAUAUUGUUAAAAUAGCAGGAACAAUCCACUGUGAUUUUCUAUGCGAACACAAUAAAGUUAUUAGAUGAGAUGAUCAAUAAAGAGGAUCCAAGAAGUUUAUUUCAAUACUAAUUUGAGCAAAGAUAACAACUGAUUAGAUAAAAUAAGAAACUAACAUAAUCAUAAGUUCAAUCAUCAAAUCCAGCAUCAGUUAUGAAUAUUUUCGCAACUUAAAUAGAGCAGGUUGAAUAAGAAAUGCUUGAAUCUCCGAAAGCAGAAGAAAAAGAAAAAGAUCUGAAAUUAUUAGAAUUAAUUAAAAGCUCUAAUAAUCAAUUAAAUGAAUUAGAUAUACAAUAAGAUCUAUUAGCAUUUGCAGAUAUAGUUGUUCAAAAUUAUUAAGAGUAUAAAGAAUAGUUCGAUAGGUUAGGAUUUCAGUUUAUAUAAUUAAAUGAAAAAAAAUUUGAACUUUAAUAAAUUACGAGAGAAACAAAGUAUUGUAAAUAUCCUGAAACUUCAAAUGGUCUCUUACCUUUGAAAUUAUCAGAUAAUUAUAAUAAUAAUUAAAUUACUUUAAAUAUUUUAUCAACAAGUGUUGAAUUGGAUUUGAAUGAAUAGCGUAAUGAAAAUGAAGUCAAACGAAUUCAAAAUGCAGUGAUAAGAUUAUUUAAUUUUUUGAGAAAUCACGUGGGAAGAGUUAACCAUUUAAUUAAACACAUAUAAGAACUAAGUGAAUUGGUUCCAUCAACGAUAUUUUUGGUUUUAGAACAAUUAAAAAACUCUUUGUAUAUUAUUGAGAUAAUCAGAACUCCAACAUAAAAGAAGCCAUCAAUGUUGGCUACAACAGUUUUAGAGCAAAAGUAAGAGUUUAUCCAUGUUAAACAUACCAAGUUAUUGUCUCAAAAAUAAAUGCUAAAUACUGUUCAUAUUCCUAAGAAACAUGUCCAUGCAUCAAUUACAAAGUUUAAAUACUUAGAAAUAGUACAAAAAUUUAUUAAGUCUUUGCUCUCGGAUGAAAUAGAAAGAUUAUUUAUUCAAUAAGAUAUGGUGGAUGAAUUAACCAAGGAAGUUUAGAAAUAUUGUGAAGAAACCGAUCCUGACGAAGAAGCAUUGGUGAGAUAUUUAGGAACCAAAAAGAUGUUCUUUCAACAUCAUUUAUAACAAAGGACUAGAGGAAUGUUGAAGAACGCUCUCUCGAAAUUGGGCGAAAUACAUUAGAAACUCAAAUUUUAAAGUUAAUAACUUCGAUUAAAAGGUUUAGAUUUUACUGAAGGAAAGUUUAAAAGUGGAUGUGCUUUUAAUAGUAAUGAACUUCAAAUGAAAUCAUGCUAGCGUACAACAUCCAAUCAUUUUGUAUCUAGCUAAUAAUCAUUUGAUAAUGUCUCGAUAAAUCAUUCAGAACAUAGCAAACCUCAUGGAGGUAAGGAUGUAUUUCAUUUGUUAAAGAAAUUGACAAAUGUUAAUGAUAUGCAAGAGAUAGCAUAGUAAGAUUCUGAAGAUAGUAUUGAUAAAGAGAGAGAUAAAUUGAAAAAAUAGUAAUACUUUAUUAAGAGUUAAGUCAAUACAAAAGAUAAAACACAAAAGAAUCUGGAUGAUGAUGUAUUUUACAGGUUAAAUCCGUAAAGGCAGAAUCCAAAUAAAGAAUUAAGAAAUUAAUUAGGCAUUUUGAGACACAUGAGAAUUAGUGCUGCAAGAAGUAGCUGUUCCAUUGAUUAGGAUAUGAAAUCUGAAAUUUGGAAGAUGACUUGUCCUGUUAAACCUAGUAAGAUUAUGAAUCGCAAAGAUACAUUUAGAAAACUAUUCAAUUCUUCCGAUAAGAAAUAAGUGGACCUAUUGUCCCAAAAGAAAAUGUAAACUAGAUCAUUUUAGACCAAUCUGAAUUAGUUGCCAAGAAAUACAUACACUUCAGGAGAUGAUGCAGAAGCAAUUUGGAAGAAAAAAUAUCGAGCAAAGAAAAUUUUGAAUGCUAUUUCGGUAAAGGAAAACUAGAAAGAGAAAUUUGGGUUUUUAGAAAGAUUGAAAGAUAUUGAAAGUAUGGCACAUGGACAUGCAGGUGCAUUGGCUGGUCUUUUUUCUACAUGCUUACUCUAUCCGCUGGAAAAUAUAAAAACAAGAAUGGCAGCAUCUUAAUAAAAAGAGGCCAUUCAGGAAGUCAUCAUUAAAGUUUGGGAUUAAGAAGGUCUAAGGGGAUUUUUUAAAGGAGUAACCCCAUUAGCAUUAGGCAACUAUAUUUCGUAUGGAGUUUACUUUUUUUGGUAUGAGUAUUUUAAACAUUUGUUUAGAACUGAUAUUUCUAAUUCAUUUGCUUUAAUUUAACCUUCAUUAGCAUCAGCCAUUCUCACAACAUUCGUAACAAAUCCAUUUUGGGUAGUUUAGUCAAGGAUGACUAUUUGUAAAGAUAAUCUUAAUUUUUUUCAAAAAACUAAAAAGAUAGUCGAAACUGAAGGAUGGGAAGUCUUAUUUAAGGGUCUAUAAGCCUCUCUGAUAUUAACUAUUAAUCCAAUUAUCCAAUUUAUUAUUUAUGAAGCGUAUAAAAGGAGGUUCUAAUAUGCAGAAAAUUAAGCCUUUGUAAAUUUCAUUGGAGGAGCCAUCUCCAAAGCUGUUUCGACUAUUUUAACUUAUCCUUACUAACUUCUAAGGACCAAAAUCCAUUUCAAAAAAAAUAGUUCAAAAUCAUAUUUUUCUGCUGCUGAAAAGAUAUUAAAGAGUGAAGGAAUAUAAGGAUUAUUUAAGGGUUUGACACCCAAAUUAUGUUAAUCAGUAUUGAAUUCUGCAUUCUUACUCAUGUUUUACGAAAAGAUUUAUGAAAUCAUCAAAUAAGGAAUAAUCCUUAUAAUUAUUGAAAUUUUGAAAUAUCGCAAAAAAAUAAGAAAACUUUAAAAAUUAAAAUGA